AUGAAGUCAACUGUAUCUGCAAAUGAAACAGGCAUUGAAGGAAGAAUUCAAGAAGAGGAAGAAGAGAGAAUACAAAAAAUUGGGCGAAAAGGAGAAACGACAUAUAUGGAAGCUUCAGUAUCACCAUCAGCUGGCACUGGGCUGCCUGGUCUUGGUCUAUCGAUGACACCCUUCUCUAUACCUGAAUCUUCAGUGUCGAUGAAGUCAACUGUAUCUGCAAAUGAAACAGGAAUUGAAGGAAGGAUUCAAGAAGAGGAAGAAGAAAUGAAAAGACUGGGAGAAAAGGGAGAAACGACAUAUAUGGAAGCUUCAGUAUCACCAUCAGCUGGCACUGGGCUGCCUGGUCUUGGUCUAUCGAUGACACCCUUCUCUAUACCUGAAUCUUCAGUGUCGAUGAAGUCAACUGUAUCUGCAAAUGAAACAGGCGUUGAAGGAAGGAUUCAAGAAGAGGAAGAAGAGGAGGAAUACAAAAAAUUGGGUGAAAAAGGAGAAACGACAUAUAUGGAAGCUUCAGUAUCACCAUCAGCUGGCACUGGGCUGCCUGGUCUUGGUCUAUCGAUGACACCUUUCUCUAUGCCUGAAUCUUCAGUGUCGAUGAAGUCAACUGUAUCUGCAAAUGAAACAGGAAUUGAGGAAAGAAUUCAAGAAGAGGAAGAAGAAAUGAAACGACUGGGAGAAAAGGGAGAAACGACAUAUAUGGAAGCUUCAGUAUCACCAUCAGCUGGCACUGGGCUGCCUGGUCUUGGUCUAUCGAUGACACCCUUCUCUAUACCUGAAUCUUCAGUGUCGAUGAAGUCAACUGUAUCUGCAAAUGAAACAGGCAUUGAAGGAAGAAUUCAAGAAGAGGAAGAACAGGAAUACAAAAAAUUGGGCGAAAAAGGAGAAACGACAUAUAUGGAAGCUUCAGUAUCACCAUCAGCUGGCACUGGGCUGCCUGGUCUUGGUCUAUCGAUGACACCCUUCUCUAUACCUGAAUCUUCAGUGUCGAUGAAGUCAACUGUACAGUAUCACCAUCAGCUGGCACUGGGCUGCCUGGUCUUGGUCUAUCGAUGA